UCUGCUCCGGGGAGAGAGCAGCAGGCGUCGGCUCCACCGCCGAGGACUUCAGCUUCUUCUGCACAAUUGAAGCAUUUUCAACAAAACACACAGCUGCCAGAUGUCCACAGAAGAGGAUCAAACUGGAGAGUGAUGAGAGGAUGAAGCAGCAGGAGGACGAUGAGGAAGACGAGUUCUCUCAUCCUGUUCCUUGGCAGAAAAUAGAGUCAGAGGGACUAGACUGUGACUAUGCGCUGCUGCUCUCCAAAGAGGAAGCAGACCACCUUUUUAAACAGCUGGAGGAGGAGGUGGUGUACUCAACAGGGGAAGAAGCAACGGUCCAGGUGUUUGGAAAAGUGCACAGUAUACCGAGAAAGCAGGCCACUUAUGGAGAUGCAGGUCUAACCUACACGUAUUCUGGAGUGACACGUUUAGCCUGCCCGUGGACUCCAACCUUGGAAUAUAUUCGGGAUGUUGUCACGAAAACAACUGGACACACGUUUAACUUUGUUCUGGUUAACAGGUACAAAGAUGGGCAGGAUCACAUGGGUGAGCAUCGUGACGACGAGAAGGAGCUGGACCCCCUCUGUCCCAUCGCCUCCGUCUCUCUGGGAGCAGCACGAGACUUUAUCUUUCGCCACAGAGACGCUCGGGGGAAACACAGCUGCCGACAGAUCAACCCCGUGAAGCUGCAGCUCGCUCAUGGAAGCUUGCUCCUCAUGAACUCCCCGACCAACACUUUCUGGUACCACAGCCUCCCUGUGCGUAAGAAGAUGUCCAUGCCUCGUAUCAACCUCACCUUCAGACGCAUAAUGGACAGAAAGAAAUGACCAAGUGAGCAUUAUCACCCAGGCCUUUGGGGCCAGCGCUCAAGAAGCCUUUUGACUGUGGGGUCCAACAUUUUGGAUGAAACGGAGGACGAACCUGUUGCUGUCCUUGGACACAUGGAUAAAUAUCACAAAUUUGAAAAUGCAUUUGUUCAUGUAGCAGUUGAAUCUGGGCAAAUAAAUGACAGCACAGGGUGAAAUAAGUGAGGACUGUCAACUGUGACUCAGGAGAAUGAGCACAUGUUAUAGUGAAUCAGUGGUUUAAAUGACAUGUUUAAAAUGACAUGGGUCCAAACUUCUGAUUCACACCAUUUCAGCUACUUUCACGAGGUUACGUUUUGUGAUGCAGCUGGCAAUGUCCCUGAAGAAACCAUAAACUCGAAAAUUCAGUCUCCCUGAAAAAUUACAGACUCUUGAGUGCAGACUAGGGAGGCAUUUCGCAUUGUGUGUUGCACUGAAUGGUACUCUUCGUGUACUUGAGCGGAGCAAUGGGGCACUCUGCGCUGAUGGCAACUCUCUUUUUAUUAUAGUCAAUGUAUGUGUAGACUGACAUUCUUCAGAUGGGUUUAAAAUAACUGCUGACCUAUUAAUCCUUGGCUGUGGCCAGUUAGAAAUGUUAAACCAAAAGAUGAUUUAGCUGUAGCCUCUGGCACUAACGAGCAUUUACCCCUUUACAUGUUUAUUAUUCAUUCUUGUGAAAAAAAAGACCUUUUCAUCUCUAUAGAAACAAUAAUUAGUUUGAAACCCCUCAAUAAAGGCUGCACGCUUUACCAGCUUA